UUAUUUUGUGUGGAAGGCAUAAAACUCAUGGGGACACAGACAUACUCCGAAGACAGUCUGUGUUUAGGGUGUCCGGACUGAUGCUCCACCCCUUCUAGGAAAAUUUUUAAUUUUAAUGUGUCUCUUUGGCUCUGCUGUCCUUCAGAGACCUAAAUAACAGACAAUUUGGUUGUUUAAUUGCUUCAUCCUAGAUUAGCCCGUCCGUCGUACAGUAUUAGCUGCACAAGAUAUCAAAAAAUAGCGCUAAAAAGUGCAUUCAAAGCUAAAACAUAAUGAAACCAGCUCUUAUUAUCUUCAAAAAGGAUAAAUUAAACAUAUUACUUUUAACUCAAAACAUUGACUUCAUGUUUCUCAGGGACGCCGGGGAAGGGGGCUCAAGCGGUCAACUGCCCCUGUUGCCUUUUGAUAGGAUGGGCAAGGGGUGACAGAGUGCCCUUUUUAUUUAAAUGCCCUUGAAAACCGGCCAUUUCUAAUAAUCAGAUAGACUUAUAUUAAAUUCUGGUUUUAGUGUCUAAUUCAUGACGACACUUUUAAAACUUGUGAAUAAAUUCUUUAUGCUAAAAGAUAGCUAAUGUUCAAGAUACGUACAGAAGAUCGAAAUAAAGUGGCAGAUACGAAGGAAUUAGUAGAAGCUGAGAAUUAUAUUUCGAAUGCCCGUUUAUUCAAGCCUGCCCGGGUAAGGCCGCCACUGUCCGGUUCUUGUAGAUUUUCGUCUUCUAGAAACUUUCCCAUUAUUUUUAUUUUUCAUAGGCAGAUUAAAGAUUCUUCUGACAUUCAAUAUUUUACAUUGAGAAAUGAGAUAUGGUAUCCAUUGCGAAUUUUCAAUUAACCAGAUUUGAAAGGUUUUAAACGUUACCACCUGCACUGCCAAAUUACUACCAUUGUAGUUGUUGUUGUUGACAACCAGAUUGGUUUAUUCAAGAUGGAGACUUGACAACAAGAAGUACGUACAAUAAUGCGGUUAACGUCGCGGAGAUAGUCUUUUGAAGCUUGUAUGCUUUUCGAAAUGCGAAGUACCACGAUGCCAGUAUUACUGAGAUUUUCCAUCACACUGUAAUUGCCAGAAAAAGCGUUGUAUUUCAAAAAUCAAAUCAUGUAUACAAUGAUGACGGUGAAUUCGAAGCGACGACGAACGAAGGACAUUGUAUUGCAACAUGUUUUCGUUCUUAAGUAGUUCUAAGCUUAUUGCGUAAAACGAGUUAAAGAGAACAUCAAUAUAUUGUUUUAAAUCAUAAGAUUGCUCAUGACUACACAGGAUGGUAGUGGGGGAGUCCGACUCCCACCUAUUGGAGAGCUAGGCCUCAGGAGAUUGCCACAGCUUGAGCAUAAGCUGGAGUUAUUGGUCGAAAAAGAAGCUAGAGAAAAUCUUAGAAAUGCUGAUCUACAAAAAGGCUACCCCGGAGACUCGCAAAAUGACGAACUUCAAAAUAGUCAUGAUCUUGAGAGAAGAAGAGAUCUGAUUGACUCUGGACUAGAAUCUCAUAGUGAACAUAAAGAAAAAAAUGAGCAAACCAGGAGGGUAGCUACCAAAAGAAAAGACGCAAAGUCAUCUGCACGAAGAGAUAUUAAAAAGAAAGUUAAGAAAAGAAACAAGUCAUCUUUCAGUGAUGAUGAAGCGGGUCAUGUGAAGGGUUUGUCAUUGCCUCAAGGCAAUGGAAAAAGUCUUGCAGUAUGGGUCCCAGGAGAAGGGCCGGGCCAAAUAGAACCUGCUAAUUUGGGAGAAAAAAGUAGAAAGGAAGCAUUUGCCACAAGUUGUUUAAAUACUUCAAAUUUGACAGAAGAAACCCUUGUAUCAGAAAGUGAUCAUUCAAGGAAUGAUAAUAAAGAUAGUCACAUUGAGAUGUUUGCUGAAAACUCAGAAAACACAGCAAGGAAUGAUUAUAGAGCACUUGCCAUCAGGCUUGCAAAUAGCUAUUGUCGCCCAAAAACAGGGAUUAAGAAGAGACAACAUUUUGUUGAUUACCUUUUAAUUUUUGAUGGAGAUGAUGACAAUGAGUUCAACGAGAAACAGAGGGAUGAUUUUGAGAAAUUAUUGGUAAAUGAAGGAAUGGAGGUCACCAGAACUCAUAUUGGCAAAGAGGUGUUUGUUGAGCUUAGUUGCUCAUUUAAAAGACUCUGUCAAGAAGCAGAAUACAUCUUUUUGGAAAUGCCUCUAAUUGGUCUGUCACUGCAUCAUGACAAUUCAACAAAAAAAUCAAGAUGGAAACGUUUUGAAAGUGAGAAGGAAGUUGAUGACAUUUGUAUACCAUUUUGCAAUGCCACUAGAGAUAUAUACGAUGGGUUCAAUGAUAAAGAGAAUUUCUUUCGACCAGGAAUACGUUCGCUGUUGGUACAUCAAAUUUUGAAAGAUAUAAAAAUCGACGAUACGGAUUCAAAUGAACAUCAUAACGUUGAAGCAUUGGCAUCUUUGCUGCAUUCUGAUGUGUAUACAGACGCAUUCAUUCUACACGAAAGGUCAUCAUUGGACCCCAGAUUUCCGCUGUCUCCUUAUAAAAACGAUGGCAGUGGACUGUAUCCACUAGAACCGAAUGGGAAGUUGGAGACUGACAGGCGGAAGGACCUACAUGAAACAUGGCUGGCUAAUUUCAAGUUUCAACCCCUGUGGAAGAUUAGAAAUUACUUUGGGGAAAAGAUUGCACUGUAUUUUGCUUGGCUUGGGGUCCUUAUUACCUCUCUUUGGAUACCAACUUUCCUAGGACUCGUCAUUUUUAUCUAUGGCAUAAUUCUUUCUAUUGUCAAAAAUGAAGCCUCGACUUGGAGCAGAGUGGCAUUCGACAACGACCUUACUCCUGGAUUUGCUUUGAUCAUUUGCUUAUGGGGGACUGUCUUUUUGGAAGUCUGGAAACGCAAAAAUGCCGAAUUAGCUUAUAAAUGGGACGUUGAUUCCUUUGAACAACAGGAGCCAAACCGGCCUCAGUUUUAUGGAACAGAGUUGCAACUAAAUCCCAUUACUGGAUUAUACGAACCUUUUUAUCCGCCGCUGAAGAAAACUCUUAAGUCAAUGGGAUCAAUGGCUCUUAUUUUCUUUAUGGUUUUGCUAGUUAUUGGCAGUUUAAUUUCAGUGAUCGUGUACCGAAUCAUUUCUCGUGUGGACUGGUUUGUCGGCCAAAACUCAAUUUUCUUGUCUAAUGUGACAUCAUCCGUUUUGAAUUCAACAUCCAUAAUGCUGUUGGGAUAUUUUUACAAGGCACUUGGAAAAAAGCUUACAGAGUGGGAGAAUCAUCGAACUCAAACACAGUUUGAAGACUCACUCAUUCUCAAGCUGUUUGGGUUCCAGUUUGUGAAUUCCUACUCCUCACUGUAUUACAUCGCAUUUUUUCGCGAGAGAACAAAGGACGGAAUUCUCGGAAAAGGUGACAAAUACACGGAUUCCUGUGGAACGGCCAAUGACUGCAUGUCGCUUCUGUCUCUUCAAGUCGGAAUUCUCAUGCUUAUGAAACCGAUGCCAAAGUUUUGUACUGACGUGGUGGCACCGUUAUUUUUUAGGUCAUUAAAAUCGCUUGCUCGUAAAAUGAAACGAAACAAGGUGCUGGACGAAGGAUCAUUUGUUAACGAGAAUGUUCCUGCUGAUGUAGAAUUCGAAGAUUACAUGCGAAAUGAGAAGGAAAAGCCUCCUAUCAAAGAUUUUACGCUCUCUGAAUAUACCGAAAAGGUGAUACAGUAUGGCUACUUAAUGCUUUUUGCAGCAGCUUGUCCACUAGCGCCAUUGAUAGCACUGGUAACGAAUCUUGUUGACCUGAGAAUUGAUGCGAGGCGACUCCUAUGGCUGAACAGGCGACCAGUGCCUUUCAGGGCACAGGAUAUUGGGAUGUGGUAUACAAUUUUGCAACUUCUUAACUACAUUGGCGUUGUAACCAAUGGAUUCAUCAUAGCAAUUACGUCUUCAUUUGGUCGUAAAUACAAAACCACAACGGUCUUCAAUGUUCUAGUGGCCAACAACACGUCAACCAAUGGCACCAGCAGUUUGACAACAACAACACAAACUGUGGUCACUUUGGAAUAUUUGUGGAUCAUUAUUCUUUUUCAGAAUAUUUCAUUCAUUGUUAAAUUCAUCCUUGAAUACUCCAUUUCGGAUGUGCCAGAGAAAGUAACCCUUGCUCGAAAAAAGGAGAAGUAUGCCAUUGAAGAGGUGCUGAAAAAAGCAGGAUAUCGUUGCGGAAGGGGAAAGACGAUCGUCCCUGCCGUCGAAAAGUCGUCAAAUCCUACACCAAGCGAGGGCGAGCAAAUGCUCAUAGAGAAUAAAAAAGCUAAAAGAAGAGAAACGAUCAAGGAAAAAAUCCGGAAAUUGUCAAAUAAAAGUUCGAAAGGGAAAACCAGUGACCAUUCAAAGAAACUCGGUAAAAGCAAAUCAAGAGAGUUUUAUCUAAAAGAUGACGGAGGAAAAGGAGGAGAUUUAACUGUCUGAUUUAUUUAUCUGAUUUAUUUGUAUUUUUAAAUCAUUUAGAUGUAGUUCAUUGCUGAAAACGAUUUUUAUAUAUAAUCAUGACAAUGCACCUCAGCCGUUGAUACAUUGCAAGAUAUGUCCGCAAAUUUUUAAUAGUAUUUUUGGCAUAGUGAUUGCCUAUCUGGUCAGGCGGUGGUGAACUGCCAAAACAAUAACUAAGCAGUGAGGAGGAGGGACUUGGGGUUGUUGGUUGUAACAUUUGACGAUUUGUUGAUUGAGAACAGAGUUUUUUCUUAUCUCACUAGCGAAGAGAAACCAGAAUCCGAUAUCUUUUGAAGAUUUUAUCCUUCUUUAAAUUAUAACUCUGUACCAGUGAUUGACAAAAUUUGCUUUUAUUAAGUAAACGCAUUUUAUGGCCCAACUAUUGCAAGCUAAAAAGUUCUAGCUGUCAGAAUAAUUUUCCAUGUAUACUUGUCUUAGCUCUCUACAGCUAAUGAAGAAAAGCCUCGCUUAAGAAUCUUAUAUUGAUAAACAUCCAGCACAAGAUGACAAAUUGAACACUAACUUUCUUGUUCGGGGUUGUAUGUUUGAAAAGAUUUGUUUCAUUGCUCCUAACAGAUAGGGUGAUGUGUAUUAAAUUAAUUUACAUAUUGCGUCAAGUCUCUGCCUUCAAAGCAGUACCACUGUGGAGACAGGCAUCUCAAACUGAUUCCUCUUAUAAAUCCCUGUCUGAUUUUAUAGAACUGCCUCAUGUUUUCGAGUGCAAAGACACACCUUCCAGAAACACGUGCCUUGUGUUUGCCCAACCGUCAGAGUAUAACAUUAUCUAGCUAAAAUGUUCAUCUGUUGAUUCCACUUGCAAUUCUAAUUAAGCUUCUAAGCUUAUAACUGCCUCGCUUAAAAUCCGUUUGAUUAACGCCCGUUAUGAUUAUCCUUGCCGUGCAAUUUGUACAUAGAAGGCAUUUAUUGACGGAAGUACGACCGUUGGAUCAAUGUAUUAUAUUCCAGUAUAUUUAUAUAUCUAUUUGUAAAUUCAGGCAUAAAGUAUUUUGAAAUGUGCUCAUCGAUGUUAAAUAAUUCCCAACAA